AUGGAAGGAAGGGGCCAUGACCGUCAUCUGCAGCGAAUCAUUGAUCAAGCUGGUGACUCUGGUGGCUUUUACAAUCACUAUCAACGUACUUCCAGCAUCAGUUUCCCUUCUGCCGAGCCACACAAUACCGAAUGGAGUUUUGGCCCUGGUCCCAGACAUACGCCCCAAGAGCCUUCGACGUUCGCUGAUCCAGCUCAACCAUACUUUGACACGCCACGUCCUCCUUUGCCAGCAUCGAAUACGAGCCAUAGCCGACUUUCUUUCCCACCUCGAGGCUUAUACAACCAGCCAAGUAGAGAACCUCGAACUAUCACAAAUGCCGAUAAUCACUUCAGAUUUGCCCAAAACUUACAUCAGAACGUACCUAUUAGCCAACAGCCACCACCGAGACCAGCUAUAGCUCAACAAACUGAUACAAUCUCCCAGAUUGCCAAUGCUAUGCUACAUGGGAAGCAGAUUUCACAGCCGAGGACAGGGCCAGAGCCUAUUGACUACCGCCAGCCUCCCCAGCCCAGACAGCCAAACCCAUUGCAACCUCAAAUGCAGCAGAUUACACCCCCUUUCAACUUAAACGGCUUGAUUCAUACUCCUGAUAAUAUCUCUAGGGCCUCGUCUUCGCCAUUCGGUCAGCCGUCUAGUCCCACAGCUAGAGUCAGUCUCCGUCGAGCUACCAACCGGGAAGCUCCUGUAGUUGCACAAGAUGCCUUUGUCGAAUAUACCGAUGAACCUCGAACCCUUCUCAACCAGAUCGUCCCACAUAUCAACCGGUACCAACGAAGUUCCACUCCCAGUCAGCAUACGACAUAUAGCCACCAGAAUGUCUCGCGAGAGGACCCCCAGUCUCGAACCUUGGCUCUAGAUCAUGCACCACCUAUAGCGCAUGGGAUUCAGCUUGUGUCAACGUACGAACUUCCCGAUCGAACUCGUCAAGUCUUUCCUUUUCAAUUGUUCAAUGCAGUGCAGUCCAAAAGUUUCACACCAAUCUACAAGACAAACGACAACGUCGUCAUCUCCUCUCCCACUGGUAGCGGCAAGACUGCUCUCCUGGAAUUAGCCAUCUGCAGAGCUAUUGAAGGUCAUGGAUCUGGGCAGUUCAAGAUCGUAUAUCAAGCCCCAACAAAAUCCCUCUGCUCGGAGAGAAUGAGAGAUUGGACGAAGAAAUUCAGCCACUUGAACCUUUCAUGUGCCGAGUUGACUGGCGACACAAGCCAGGCUGAGAUGGCUAGAGUGCGAGCUGCCUCUAUUAUUAUCACUACACCCGAGAAAUGGGACAGCAUUACUAGAAAGUGGACCGAUCACCAUAAGCUCGUUCAGAUGGUGAAGCUGUUCCUUAUCGACGAGGUGCAUAUAUUGAAGGACCCUCGAGGCGCAACUUUAGAAACUGUCGUGUCUCGUAUGAAAUCUAUUGGAGCUGAUGUCCGCUUUGUGGCACUCAGUGCCACCGUACCAAAUUCCCACGACAUCGCAGUGUGGCUGGGUAGGGAUCCUACAAAUCACCAGUUCCCGGCUCAUCGAGAGAUAUUUGGCGAAGAAUUUCGACCUGUGAAAUUGCAAAAGCACGUCUACGGAUUUGAAGGAGGUUACAAUGACUACGCUUUCGAGAAAAUUCUAGAUGGGAAGUUGCCUAAUCUGAUCAAGAAGCACACGCACAAGAAGCCUAUGAUGGUAUUUUGUUUCACGCGCAAGUCCUGCGAGGCUACAGCUACGCUGCUGGCGGAUUGGUGGACCCGAUCGAAAGUUGUCGAUCGAGCUUGGCCUGCUCCAAGUGGGCGUACUGUAGUGGGUAACAAGGAAGUCCAAGAUCUAAUCACGAGUGGCGUGGCUUUUCAUCAUGCUGGUCUUGAACAAGACGAUCGUCAUACCAUUGAGAAUGCUUUUCUGAAAGGCGACAUCAGUGUCAUCUGCUGUACCUCCACUUUGGCGGUUGGGGUCAAUCUUCCUUGCCAUCUGGUUGUUUUGAAGGGAACAGUAUGCUUCCAGAAUGACGGUCUCGCUGAGUAUUCAGAUCUCGAAGUCAUGCAGAUGCUUGGACGAGCUGGAAGGCCUCAAUUUGAUGAUAGUGCAGUUGCUAUAAUCAUGACGAAGAACGAUAAGCAGGGGCGGUACGAGAAAAUGAUCUCGGGUCGGGACAUUCUUGAAAGCACACUUCACCUAAAUUUGAUCGAGCACUUAAACUCGGAAAUUGGUCUGGGUACUGUCAACAGUCUCUAUAAGGCAAAGACAUGGCUCAGUGGUACCUUCCUCGCCGUUCGCAUGAGACAAAACCCCAACUACUACAAUAUUGACGGUAUACUUCCGGGUGGAGACACUGACAAGCGGCUUGAGCAAGUAUGCGAAAGGGACAUCAAACUUCUACAAGACAAUGAACUUAUCACUAGUGGUGAUCGCAUCCGCUGCACGGAGUAUGGCGAGGCGAUGUCUCGUUACAUGGUGCAGUUCGAAACAAUGAAGCUGCUUUUGAGAAUACCUAAGCAUGCAAAAACUGAGGAGAUUCUCCAUAUUCUCUGUCAGGCAACCGAAUUCGAGGACAUGCGUAUAAAACCGAAGGAAAGAGCAUGUCUCCGAGAAUACAACAAAUCUCCAUUUACAAAGUUCCCAAUCAAAGGCACGAUAAACACAGCGGCACACAAAGUCUCAUUGUUAAUCCAAGCACAACUUGGGGGUAUUGAGCAUCCAGGAGAGAAAGACUUUCCCGUCUUGAGGAGACAAUUCAGCACGGAGAAGGCUGUCAUCUUCGAACGUAUCCAACGCCUGAUUCGGUGCGUCAUCGACUGUAAAGCAUUUGACUGCGAUGCAAUAGCUACACGACACGCCCUUGAUCUGGCCAGAAGUUUAUCUGCGGGUUAUUGGGAGACCUCAAACUUGCAACUGAGACAAAUUCCUCAAUUUGGCCCUGUGGCCGUUAGGAAACUUGUGAGCAACAACAUUAACAGCAUUGAAAAGCUUGCAAGCCUUGACACCGCAAGUAUUGAACGAUAUGUCAGCAAAAACCCUCCCUUUGGGAGGAAGACUCAAGAGUUGUUGGCGUCGUUCCCGCGUCUUACUGUGGCCUCUCAGAUUAUCGGAAGAGCCAUCAUCAAACCUGGACAGAAACCAAAAGUCAACGUUAAGGCUAUUAUUGGAUUCGCCAAUGCGAAAGUUCCGGUUUGGGCUGGUCGUAGGCCAUCUUUGACUUUCAUGGCGGAGACGUCUGAUGGCGCUCUGGUUCAUUUCUGGCGAGGAAACGUCCUGAAAUUGGAGAAAGGUUAUGAACUCAUGUUCAUGGUUGAGCUGUCAGAUUCCGCUGAGAUAAUCAAAUGUUGGAUUGCUUGCGAUGAUAUCGUGGGGACUCUUCGUUCAAGUGUGCUCACGCAUAACAUUUCCGUCUCUGAAUUUCCAGCUGUUCCCAAAGAGACCCGUCUUCAAAAAGGCCCAUCCACCAGAAGAGAUUCUUUCAGCGAUAACGAGUUUUGGGACGAUGAUAUUAGAGAUGAAGACCUUCUUGCGGCUAACAUUGUUAUAAAGAAGCCAGAAAACCACCGUGACUCGGACAAUUUUCCCGAUGUUGAUGACUAUGAUCAUACACCUGCAGGAUCAGUCGCAAAAUUCGCAAAAAGCGCUCCAGUCUUAGAGCCAUUUCAGAUGGCCAAUGGUAAAUGGAGUUGCAACCACUCAUGCCGGGAUGGGAAUCUCCUAAAGAGUGGACAGCCUUGCAAACACAAGUGCUGCCAUGAGGGUCUAGACAAGCCGAAAAUCUUGAGAAAGUCUUCUAUCGGGACGAGUCAGCAGUCGUUGUCUUCGAAAGAAGCCAGCAUCAAAGGAGGUGAAGGUCAAGCACAGAAGCAAUUUAUGGAGAAUUCACAAGCGAAGAGACUGAACUCGAAGGCAACGGCGAGCAAUCAAAGCAAGACAAUGGCAAAUGGUAAGGCGGCUAACAAAAGUAAGCUUUCGAAUCCUAAGCUCAAGGAAAUGAAACCCUGGGAUGACAAUUCCGAUGACUUAGAGAUCCUAGACAUGGCCCAGGACCUUGCUCCAGUUUCCUACGCCGAUUUUGCUCCCCACGACUUCCGCAAGUUGAACACCUUGCACAAUAGCGUACAGAAGAAUCAACCCAAGUUCACUAGUCUUCCAAAGCAGAAGCCACAAUUCGAUUAUGGAAGCGGCAAGGAGGCACGACUUCCUUUCCACCCGAAUAGUGAGAACGAUGAUGAUGUCUUCGGUUCUGAUGACGAAGUGGACCUUCCCUCGCCGUCCAUCUUGUUAGGUGGGCAGAGAAAGAGUUCAAGUCCGUUGAAGACGGGCCCUGUCCAUCUUACAUACCAGGAAGAGAGUGAUAUUUCAUCCUUCCAGGAUGAAUCCCUGGCGAGUCUCGAAGCCGGAAUGAUUGGUCUCAGUGAUUCGAUGGUGCUUCGAGAAUCUACGCCAAGAAUCGAUUCUAGCUUUGCUAAUAAGGUCUUCGAUUUCGAUGCCUACCAAAAUGAUGGUCAGGUGCAAGCUGAAGAGACAGAUACGACUGAGAAUGCGCUCUUGCUUGAAGCCCCUGCUGAUCUGUCAGUGGCGAAGCGUCACUUGAAGAGAGAGUUGUCAUCAAGCCCUGAUGAGCUAGAAGUGAAGCACCGUCGUAUUUCGAACUCGCAGCUGGUUCAAGCACCGCCACAGAUACCAUCCGUUCCAGCCUGGGUUGAUGAGUUCGAUUCGGAGCUGAUUGAAGGCUUGAAGGGUAUUGUUGAUUUCAUAGACUGA